ACUAACUGAAUACUCCAUCUGUGUGAAACUCGUCAGCGAGGAUUGUGUAGGUGGUGCAUAAUAUUGCUGAUGGCUGACAUGCUGGAUAGAAUCCAUUUUUGCAGCUAUUCGGAAUGGCGGCGAUUGUUGUUGGGCGCUCCACCUCUGAUCGCUCAUUGAAUAUCGUCCAUCGGCAACCGGCUCAUGCCUUCCACUUGCCAUUGAGUAGCUGUAUUGACUUCUCUGGGAAGGUGUCGUAGGAUAAGUACGCGAGUCCCAUCGUGGAGUAGCCGUCGUAUAGUGGUAAUAGUAAUUGGGUGUGGUCCGUAUCUGCGGCUCGAAUAA